AUGGCGAUGCAGGCCGGAGUUGGCUUAUCCAGGAUCUUGCUCUUAGCCGGAGCAGGUUACACUGGUACGAUCAUGAUGAAGAACGGAAAAUUAUCCGAUGUGUUGGGAGAAUUGCAGUCUCUGGUGAAGGGCAUGGAGAAAUCUGGAGAUGGAUCUGAGGGAGAUUAUGAUGCCUCUGAUGCUAUAGCUGCCCAGGUUCGCCGUUUGGCUAUGGAGAUUCGGCAGCUAGCUUCGUCGCGGAAUAUAACUGUCAUGAAUGGAGUUUCUGGUGCAAGCUUACAAGCCAUUGCUGUUCCUGCUGCGGCAUUGGGAGCUUUAGGAUAUGGUUAUAUGUGGUGGAAGGGACUCUCGUUCACUGACCUUAUGUAUGUGACAAAGGCCAACAUGGCUACUGCUGUGGCUAACUUGACAAAGAAUCUGGAGCAAGUUUCGGUGACCCUCGCGGCUGCGAAAAGGCAUUUGACGCAGAAGAUUCAGAAUGUGGAUGAUAAGGUAGAGAAGCAGAUUGAUCUCUCCAAGGAAAUCAUUAACAAGGUCACCUUGGCUCGUGAGGAUAUCAGCUUACUUGAGAUGGAUUUGCAGUCAUUGCAUAAUUUGAUUACUGGACUGGAUGGGAAGUUGGACACGCUGGAAUACAAGCAGGAUGUGACAAAUGUUUUCAUGCUAAACUUGUAUAACUAUUUUGGAGGCAAGAGCACAAAACUGCCUGAAAUGGAACAGCUUCAACUUCCAGUGAACCAGAAGGCUCGUAAUUUGAUUGCAGCCAAGGGGCUGAAAAACUUUGCUGAAGAAUUGUUUGAAAGCGAUGGCACACAGGGAGGAACUACAAUGAAAAGAAUUGAUAUGAAUAAGUUCAGUGAGAAGUCGAGGCCAUUGUUAUCAAGGGCUGCUUCGGCGCGGUGUUGA